GAGUCUUAUCAGUGAUCGUCCUGCCUUGAACACAGGCAUACUACGUCACAGGGAUGUGACACGAAUUCCUAUAUAAUACAUAUAUAUAGAUCCUGGGUUUGGAGGAACUCGUGCUAAGUCUCACUGGGCUUCGUGACACUGCCAAACAUGGCGUUUGCUUUACCAUUGGUUGUAUUCAUGCUCGCGUUGUGUACACGCGAGAUCUACUCGUGUCAAAAUGGAUGGGAGUCAUACGACGGGCAUUGUUAUUUUAUGGGAGAUACUAAAGUGACCUGGGCCGUCGCAUCGGCAAUAUGCAAAUCAUACAAUGCACACCUGGCGAUGAUCCCAAAUGCUCACGUGGACAACUUUUUACGACAGUUAGCUACGAGAUUCUCAUACGGGCACAAGGAGAUGAUUCAUUUCUGGCUGGACGGGAGUGAUUCGGUUAUUGAAGGUGAUUGGAUCUGGACAGAGAGUGGACAGCGACUCGCCUAUACUAACUGGAACCCCGGUGAACCGAGUAAUUCGGAAGGCAGUAUCGAUGACUGUUUAGUUCUUCACAGUCAAAUGUCAUUCAGGUGGGACGAUAUCCCUUGUCUAUAUAAGGCGAGGUUCAUCUGUGAAGCAGGUGGACACUGGACAACGUUCGGCUGAUAAUCCAAUCGAUGUGACAUCGUCAGCUGUAAUGCAAAUGGAAAUAAAUAAUAUUGUGUGUCAAAUGUU